CACAAUAUUUUGAUUUGUGAAAUUUCAUCAAUUUCUGUAAUAUAUUUUUCCUUAUUUACCGGUUUCGUUAAAGUGAUGACUUAAUUAUGGCAUCACCUGGCGAGCCGUGGGCACAGUUGAUAUGCUCAACCAAUAAUGAUACUGAUCCAAUAUAUAUAUCGAAAGAUAUAUUUGUGAUAGGAAGAGCAAAAGACUGUGAUCUCAAAAUAACAGACAACAAGCUUCUCUCUGGAAAACACUGUUACAUACAGAGGCUGAGUGGAGGUCAAGUCAUCUUGCAUGACACAAGCACAAAUGGGACACUUCUUAACAGCAAAACUAAGAUACUGAAAACAGGUGAACUCCUGCAGCAUGGAGAUGAAUUUCAUGUUGUCUACAAAAAAGGUGCAGAAGAAAGUAAUUUAGGGUAUCUCUUUCAAGAUCUGGAAGAACUGCGAAAAGAAGCCGCAGAUGACACACAAGAAUAUGAUAUAUCUGAACUCGAUCAAACUGUUUCAGAUGAAAUAGACUGUCCUGAAGAUAUGACUCCAGAGGGACCCAAGAAACGGCCUGCUCCGGAAUCCCUUGUCGGUAAACCGUCACUAAAAAGAAUCAGAUCAGGAGAUGAAGGAGAAAAUGCUGUUCGUACAUCUCAAAAAGCUGGUCCUUCUGGUGCAAAGUGUGACAUAUUGGUGGAGAAAGUACCAGAGACAGCAAAAGAAGGAAGCAAGGAAGAGUUAGAGAAGGAAUUAGUGCCUGAGAGGAAGACAGAAGAAACCAAGGAAGGAGAAACUGAAACUGACGUGAAAGAUGAUACGUGUGAGAAGUCUGUGAUGAAAAGUGACAGUGAUAAAACAAAGGCAGCUGACUGUGAGGAGGAGGAUGCGAUGAUGGAGACAUUGAUGUGUAUCAUUUGUCAGGAGAUUCUCCAUGACUGUAUAAGUCUUCAACCAUGCAUGCAUUCCUUCUGCUCCGGGUGCUAUUCCGACUGGAUGAAGAUGUCCAAUGAAUGUCCCUCUUGUCGGGUCAAAGUGGAUAGAAUUAAUAAAAACCACAUUGUCAAUAAUCUUGUGGAAGCAUAUCUAAAGACUAACCCAGACAAGAAAAGACCAGAAGAAGAUAUAAAAGAACUUAAUGAGAAAAACACAAUAACUAGAGAUAUGCUGUACCCUAAAGGCAGACGUUACAGUGACAACAGUGAUGGUUCUGGUGGCGAUGAUGAUGAUGAUGAUGAUGAUGAUGGACCUCGUAUGCCUAUGUUAAAUCCACUCAGUGGUCUUUUUGCUGCUCCUGUGCUUGGUGGUAUUCGGAUGUUUGGUGCUCCUCCUCCGCCGAUGAAUGUCUGUCGACAAUGUCCAAAUUACCAUGCACCGGUGCCUAAUCCUCCUGGUGCAGCGGUGGUUGCUGUUCCUCCAGUUCCAGGUGCCGCCCCAGCUCUUGCGACAGGAGGGCCUACAGCAACUGCUGCUAAUGUCGGACCAGCUGCUGCUCCUGAUACUCCUGGGGAUGAUGCUGUCCCCUCGACAUCAGGUGCUACUGGAGAUAAUGGAAGAAGGGAUGGUGCUACAGGGGGUCCACGACUGAAAGACGAGAAAGUCGUCCCAACGCCUCCUAACUACGUCUGUCACAAUAACCAGAAUCAUGCCAUCUGCUUGUGCUGUAUGCAGCCGAUGCCAGACAGGAGAACUGACAGGGUCACAGAUCCAACUCUUCCUGUACAACAAUGUUCAAUAUGUUAUCGCUUUUAUUGUCAUGCCUACUGGGGAUGUACUAAAGGGGAUUGUCUCGGCUGUAUCGGUAGAUUCAGAGACAUGAAUUUCGGGAAAAAGGGUUUGGCCGGUCUUAUAAAUGACAAUGCGUACGAAUCAAAUGUAUUAAAGGACUAUCUUGAGUCUGAAGAAAAGUCAGUCAGGGACAUGCUGCAGGAGUGUGUGGCAAAGAUGGAGCGUGGAACAUAUACUACAGUUGACUCUGGGAGAAAUCAUCUCAAUGGUGACACAGCAACAUGCUAUGCAUGUGGCAUCAGGAACUUCAAGGAAUUGGCGUACCAAUAUAGGCGCGACAUACCGGCUUCCCAGCUUCCAGCUGAAGUCACCAGGCGAGCGGACUGCUACUGGGGCAAGAACUGUCGGACACAAAAGAAUAAGCCUCACCAUGCACAGAGAUUUAACCACAUAUGUGAUCAAUUACGCACAACGUGAAUGACCCAGGAUUGCGGGGAAGUACGAAGAAACUGUAGGCUUAAUAAAUGCAGUUGAUUUUCAAAUGUAAUUUACUGUUGAUGAGCACUUUUCCAGGAACCACUAGGUAUCAUAUGGUACAUGUACUUAGUUAAUUACAGGUAGACUUGCUGAUAGUGUGGUGGUAAUAAGUUUUAUUCAAUAGAUUGUAUCUUUAAAAUUUUGUAAGCUCUUGCUAUCAAAGAGUUAAUUUGUAAACAAAAUGCUCCAUUUCUUCUUUUGUUUUUGGCACAAUUCUACGUCUCUUAUUUUUAUUUCAAUGACCUCAGUAGUAUUUCAUUGUAUAGAUGCUCUGUGUGUCCAAAGUAGUGAUGGCGUAAGCCUGCCACUAGAAUCAUGAGGUUUUACAAACUUGCAGAGUUUUAGUUGAGCCUUUCACUGGUGGUUCACAUGUCCAGCUGAGGAAAUCACUGUGAUGCAUGCAUUUCAUAAACUUUUGUCGUACUGUACAUCAGUUGUAAAUUUAUGUAUUUAUGAACAAUAAAAGUGUA